CAAACCAACUAAUGUCAACGAAAUACAUAGGCCAAGUUGACCAAGAAGUGGUUAAGUAUUGGCAGGCCUGUUAUUGCUGUACAUAAAGGGUUACAUUAUAUAGUAUUAAAGGGGCUAAAAAGAAAAAGACCUCUACAAAUGGGGGGAAACUGGAUCAGAAAAGAAUCAUAUGGUUGUGGUGGCUUUGUCAUGGCUCUGGCAGCUGUGAUCUUCUCUUGUCUUUUGAUUGGAGUUACUGGUCAAGAUGGACAUGCAAUGACUGCAGAGGAAAAGUCCAAAAUCAGGGACCAAAUUCUAGAGAUGUUUGAUCAUGCCUAUAACAGUUACAUGGACUAUGCCUACCCAGCAGAUGAGUUAAUGCCCCUCAGCUGCAGAGGAAGGGUGAGAGGGCUGGAACCCAAUCGAGGGGACAUUGAUGACUCUCUGGGAAAGUUCUCUUUAACAUUAAUAGACACUUUAGAUACUCUUGUGUUGUUAAACAAACUGGAUGAAUUUGAGGAGGCUGUGAAGAAGACGGUGCAAGACGUCCGAUUUGAUAAUGACAUUGUCGUCUCUGUCUUUGAGACUAACAUACGUGUGCUGGGUGGCUUGUUGGGUGCACAUGUGAUGGCAGAUGUACUAAAGCAGCGUGGAGAGAGGAUGCAGUGGUACAGAGAUGAACUGCUACACAUGGCCAAGGAACUGGGCUACCGCCUCCUGCCUGCCUUUAACACCACCAGUGGCCUUCCUUAUCCUCGGGUAAAUUUGCUCUAUGGGGUCGUCAACCCCCUUUCUCGGACGGGGACAGAGUCGGACACCUGCACUGCUUGCGCGGGCACCAUGAUUCUGGAGUUUGCAGCUCUCAGCCGACUCUCCGGGAACCCGAUAUUUGAGGAACAUGCUAGGAAAGCUAUGGAUGUCCUCUGGGAGAAAAGGCAAAGAGGAAGUGACCUUGUCGGCACUGUGAUCAACAUCCACAAUGGAGACUGGGUUCGCAGAGAUAGUGGUGUUGGCGCUGGAAUCGACUCUUAUUAUGAAUACUUGAUGAAAGCUUAUAUUCUUCUUGGGGACAAGGUGUACCUUAACAGAUUCAACACACACUAUAGUGCCAUUAUGAAGUACAUCAGCCAGCCUCCUCUGCUGCUCAACGUGCACAUGCACAACCCCACCGUAAACGUGCGAAGCUGGAUGGAUUCCUUGCUUGCCUUCUUCCCCGGGCUGCAGGUUCUGAGAGGAGACUUGAAACCUGCCAUAGAGACGCACGAGAUGCUGUACCAAGUGACUAAACAGCACAAUUUCCUCCCUGAGGCCUUUACCACUGAGUUCAGAGUUCACUGGGGCCAGCACCCAUUGAGACCGGAGUUUGCUGAAAGCACUUAUUUCCUUUACAAAGCCACAGGUGAUCCUUACUAUUUGAAAGUAGGCCAGUCUAUAGUGGAGAAGCUGAACACUCACGCUCGAGUCCCUUGUGGCUUCGCUGCCGUGCAGGAUGUAAGGAGAACGCAUGAGGACAGAAUGGAUUCCUUCUUCCUGGCUGAGAUGUUUAAGUACCUCUACCUGCUUUUCUCAGAGAAGAGCCAGUUGCCUAUAAACAUUGAUGAUUAUAUUUUCACUACUGAGGCUCAUUUGCUCCCAGUAUCUCUGUCUACAACCCAACCCCCCUGCCACACCAACAACACAGAACCUCAAGCUCAUGAAGACGAUUUAUUUUCAUACUCGUGCCCCAGUGCUCAAACCCUGUUCCCUAACAACCCCACCUUUGCCAAGACGAUCAGGGACAGCUAUAAAUACCUCACUGGUGUGGGAAGAGCCCAGCAGGCCUUACCUGUCAGAGGGAUAGAACUGCCUCUUCAUGAUACGGGCUUGGAGCCGGUGGAGUUUCUGAAAAGCAUGGGCAUCUCUCUGACGCCCCUUACUGAGCUGGUCUCCGCCAGCCAAGGCUCAGCAUUUCAGGACUCUCAGAAGGGUGUGUACAAGUUAAAGCUGGUUGCUGAGGUGAGCCAAACACCUGAGCAUGAGGAAGUGGUGCCACUAAUAGUGCAGCUCAUUUCCCCCCCAUUUUUGGGUCGAACGGUUCUUACAGCUGGUCCAGCAAAGUUUGGAUUGGAUCUUACCAAACAAGAGCAUGGGGUCAAAGGCAGCAUUGUGAAGAGUGUUCCCUAUACAGCAUGUGGCCCAAUUGAAAAUGCAGUAGAGCUGCAGGGACGCAUAGCGCUGGCAUUGAGAGGUGACUGCAUGUUUGCUGCCAAAGCUCGGCGCCUGCAGGAAGCAGGAGUCACCGGAAUCAUCUUCAUUGAUCACAGAGAGGGCAGCAGCAGCGCUGAGACUCCUCUCUUCCAGAUGGUUGGAGAUGGAGAGCCUACAGAUGACAUCACAGUUCCCCUGGUGUUCCUCUUCAGCAAAGAGGGAGCUACACUCACUGCCGCUCUGCAAGAACAUCACAAUGUGGACAUUCUUCUUCUGCCCAAAGAGAAACAGCUAGGGAAAGUCUCCUUAUUUUUUUUUUCUCCUUUUAGAAAAACCGAGAAGUUAAAUAUUAAGUUCCGUUUAGCUAAGGAAGGAGAGCUUGGAGGUGAGACUGAAAGCACUACCAUCCAGCUGGUGCUGGAGCAAAGCGAGACUGUCACAGAGACGAACAAUGAGGCCGCAACGUUGAUGAGGAAGAACCAAGAGACCUGCAGCUCACCGCAGAGAGACCCUGAGAGCAGCCCCUGACGGCUGGAUCGGUCACGACCACGACCACGCGCUCCUUCACCGAACACAGGGCCGUUGCUCCCUGUCACCGACCUCAGAAAAUGCAGGCCGCGCUAUUAAAAAGUGUUUAGGCUAAGCCUGGACCGUACCAUCUGAGCUCCUCACAGGGGAUCACAAGUCCUCCCAUAUUAAGAUGGUUUUCUCUUGCAUAGUUGGAACUACAUUGAUCUGCACAGAGUGAGAUGGUACGAUGCACGAAGCUCCCGUCUCUGAUAUCGUGGUAGUUGCAAUAGAUUCUUCUCAAUUGUCUGCAAUUGAAAAGCAUCGGUUUUGGGUAUUAAAGAGAUGAUUCUCUCACCCCACUUUAUGUGGAUCAGAUUUUAUUUGAAUGUUUUUUUCUUUCACUGCGGAUCACUGGUUCUUAGUCCUGUGCUUUUUUUUUUUUUUUUAUGCAUUCUUAAAAGUGUAAGUGGCUUGAAGUCUUCAGGACAUCCUUAACACAGGGCUCCUAUGACCAAACCCCCCAAAAGAACAGUGUUUAA